AUGCACGCUCUGCAGAUACUUCUGUUCUUCCAUGUCUUCACAUGUCUCACACAAGCUGGACAUGGGAGUGACAUCAUAAAGGGUAAAAAGGCUCCAGAGAACUCAUUGCUGUACAUGGCCUCAGUGCAGAGCAGCACCGGUCAUGUAUGUGGAGGAUUUCUCAUCACUGCAGACUUUGUGCUCACUGCUGCACACUGUGCCAAAGAAAAUCCCACGCACGUUGUUCUCGCCACUCACAAUCUCGAGAAGUCCCAUCAAGAAAAAAUAACAAUUAAAAAGAAAUUCAAGCCCAACUUUUAUAAAACGGCUUGGCACGGUGAUGACAUCAUGCUCCUUAAACUUUCCAGGAAAGUUCAACUAAACAAGAGAGUAAAAAUAAUUCCACUGCCAUCUGCUAAAGUACAACUGAGAAAAAAUGAAGUGUGUCAGGUGUCUGGAUGGGGAAAAACUAUAACUGCUGGUGAAACUGUUAAUGAGCUGAGAGUGGUGGAUGUGCCUGUCAUCAACAAAAAGGUGUGUAAGGAACUGUGGCCUGGUCUUCCUGCUAAUGUAAUCUGCGCAGGUGGUUAUGGCACAGACAAAGGGUUCUGUCAGGGUGAUUCAGGCGGCCCGCUGGUAUGCAAAGGAAUCGCUGUUGGUGUCGUUUCCUUCAACAAAAAAAGAAACUGUGACUAUCCUGAUGUACCCAACGUUUUUACAGACAUCUCAAAAUACCGCCUGUGGAUCAACUCAAUUCUAAAAAAACCCAAAUAGUGAUAAACAAAACCCAUAAAGUUUUGGUUUUGUAUUAUUAAAAUGUAAACACGGUGCUGGCGAUCGCUUCAUCGGAGGAACCAAAAACAGAAAUAAAAAUAUCUCGCAGUCCAAAUUUCAUCUGUAAUAUUGCCGUGAGAAGGUAAAAAUGUUCCCUAAACAAUAACAACUAAAAAUCUAAAGAGAAUAAUUCUGUCAUAUGAUCACUGCUACAGUUUGC